AGCAGUGUAGCAGCAGCUGUAGCAGCAGCAGCAGUGGCACCAUGGCGCAAGCCGCCAAGCAGCUCCGCAAGACCAAGGACCUCGCCGAGGCCGCCGCCCAGGAGCAGCGGGAGAAGGAGGAGGAGAAGAUCAAAAAGAGGAACCGAUCCAGGGAUCGCAGGCGCAAGGCUGACGCAGCCACCAGCUUCCUGCGCGCCGCUCGCUCAGGCAACCUGGACAAAGCUCUGGAUCACAUCAAGAAUGGAAUAGACAUCAAUAUAGCGAAUCAAAACGGUCUCAAUGGCUUACAUCUGGCCUCGAAAGAGGGUCACGUGAAAAUGGUCCUGGAGCUCCUUCACUCGGGCAUCGAACUCGAAGCCACCACCAAGAAAGGCAACACUGCUCUCCAUAUCGCGGCGCUGGCGGGCCAGGAGAAAGUGGUGGCUGAGCUUGUCAACUAUGGCGCAAACGUUAACGCCCAGUCACAUAAAGGGUUCAGUCCUCUCUACAUGGCAGCACAGGAAAAUCACCUCGAGGUGGUCAAGUUCCUGCUUGAGAACAGCGCCAAUCAGAGUCUGCCCACUGAGGACGGCUUCACCCCUCUGGCGGUGGCCCUGCAGCAGGGCCAUGAAAACGUUGUAGCACUGCUCAUUAACUAUGGCACCAAAGGCAAGGUCCGCCUCCCUGCACUGCACAUCGCUGCCCGAAAUGACGACACGCGCACCGCCGCUGUGCUCCUGCAGAACGACCCGAAUCCUGAUGUUCUCAGCAAGACUGGUUUCACCCCUCUACAUAUCGCAGCCCACUAUGAGAAUAUGAGCGUAGCCCAGCUGCUGCUUAACAGAGGAGCCAACGUUCACUUCACCCCGAAGAAUGGCAUCACACCACUUCAUAUCGCCUCCAGGAGGGGCAAUAUGAUGAUGGUCCGACUCCUGCUGGACAGAGGGGCCCAGAUAGAUGCCAAAACAAAGGAUGAAUUGACUCCGCUUCACUGUGCAGCUAGAAAUGGACACGUUCGCAUCAUUGAGAUCCUGCUGGAACACGGUGCGCCCAUCCAAGCUAAAACCAAGAAUGGUCUGUCCCCCAUCCACAUGGCAGCUCAGGGGGAUCACAUGGAUUGCGUUAGACAGCUACUCCAAUACAACGCCGAGAUCGACGACAUCACGCUGGACCAUUUAACCCCUCUUCAUGUAGCGGCCCACUGUGGUCACCAUCGCAUGGCCAAAGUUCUUCUGGACAAGGGGGCCAAAGCCAAUGCUCGAGCUCUGAAUGGAUUCACACCACUCCAUAUUGCAUGCAAGAAGAACCAUAUGCGCUCAAUGGAUUUGCUGCUCAAACACUCUGCUUCCCUCGAAGCCGUCACGGAGUCUGGCCUCACUCCUCUCCAUGUAGCAGCUUUCAUGGGUCACCUGAACAUAGUGAAGAACCUGCUCCAGAGAGGGGCUUCACCUAAUGCUUCCAAUGUGAAGGUGGAGACCCCCCUCCACAUGGCCUCCAGAGCAGGACACUGUGAAGUUGCCCAGUUUUUGUUGCAGAACUCAGCACAAGUGGAUGCUAGGGCGAAGGACGACCAAACUCCCCUUCACUGUGCGGCUCGAAUGGGACACAAGGAGCUGGUCAAGCUGCUUCUUGAACACAAGGCCAACCCUGACUCGUCCACCACGGCAGGGCACACUCCCUUGCACAUCGCCGCACGGGAAGGACACAUCCACACCAUUCGCAUUUUGUUGGACGCUGGAGCACAGCAGACCAAAAUGACUAAGAAAGGCUUCACCCCCCUCCACGUGGCCUCUAAAUACGGAAAAGUAGACGUAGCGGAGCUCCUUCUCGAGAGAGGUGCCAAUCCCAAUGCAAGUACGCAUAAUGGUCUGACAGCCCUGCAUGUGGCAGUUCACCACAACAACCUAGAUGUUGUUAAACUCCUGGUCAGCAAAGGAGGAUCCGCACAUAGCAACGCUCGGAAUGGUUACACCCCUCUCCAUAUAGCAGCCAAACAGAACCAGAUGGAAGUAGCCAGUUGCCUGCUGCAGAACGGGGCAUCGCCCAAUGCCGAGUCCCUCCAAGGCAUCACGCCCCUGCACUUGGCCUCACAAGAGGGACGGCCCGACAUUGUGGCUCUACUCAUCUCCAAGCAAGCGAACGUAAAUCUAGGAAACAAGAAUGGAUUGACCCCUCUCCAUCUGGUGGCGCAAGAGGGCCACGUGGGCAUUGCCGACACGCUAGUCAAACAAGGAGCGUCUGUUUAUGCUGCUUCGCGGUUUGUGUUCUAUGUUCUUUUGUUUUUGUUUUUAUCUUUUUUUUUAAUGAUAAUUGCAAUACUUGUGAAAAACUUGAUUUCGACAGGCGACGAGUUGCUCGGAAUGGACGGAGCGCGCUAUUUGAAGCUUGAUGAUUUCAAGGAUCAAGACGACGACUUCCUCUCUCCUAAGAAGACGCUGAAAGAUUUUGAAGGCGUUGUGGGGACCACGCCCUACUCUCCCGCCAUUCCCAGGAUCCCUUGCGUGUCGCCGGAAACCGUUCUUCUCGAUCAGCACACCCCCAUUCACAGGCCAGUUAUAGUGGAGAUCCCACAUUUUGCCUCACUGGCUCGAGGGGACCGCGAGCUCGUGGUCCUCCGUAGUGAGAACGGCUCCGUCUGGAAAGAACACCGGAAUCGCUACGGCGAUGAAGUGCUGGAAACCAUCCUGAAUGGCAUGGAUGAAGACCUGGAAAGUCAAGAGGAGUUGGAAAAGAAACGGAUUCGUCGGAUCAUCUCCACUGACUUCCCCCUGUACUUUGCCGUGGUUUCCCGCAUUCAGCAAGAGAGUGAUUUGAUUGGUCCAGAGGGCGGGCGGCUGAGCAGUAAACUGGUGCCCCGCGUUGAGGCCAUUUUUCCCGAGACGGCUGUCACCAAAAGAGUGAGACUGGGACUGCAGGCCCAGCCCAUCCCCGAUGAGUUGCUGACUCGACAACUCGGCAACCAGGCGACCUUCAGCCCCGUGGUCACGAUCGAACCACGCAGGCGCAAAUUUCACCGUCCAAUCGGCCUGCGUAUUCCGCUCCCGCCGUCCUGGCGCGAGAGCCCUCGUGAUGCCGGCGAGGGUGACACCACCAGCCUGCGCCUCCUCUGCAGUGUCAUUGGUGGGACAGCACCUGCUCAGUGGGAGGACAUCACCGGAACAACCAAGCUGAUGUAUGCAAACAGCUGUGCCAAUUUUACAACGAACGUCUCUGCAAGGUUCUGGCUCGCAGAUUGUCCCCGCACGGCAGAGGCUGUGACCUUCGCCAACCUUUUGUACCGGGAACUGAUGGCCGUGCCUUACAUGGCAAAGUUUGUCAUCUUUGCAAAGAUGAACGAGGCGCGGGAAGGACGCCUGCGUUGUUACUGCAUGACCGAUGACAAGAUGGACAAGACGCUGGAGUUGCACGAAAACUUCACCGAAGUGGCACGGAGUCGAGACAUCGAGCUCAUGGAGGGUAUGCCGCUACAUCUGGAAUGCUCCGGGAACCUGGUGCCAAUCAGGAAAGCCACACAGCAGCCUCGCACCUUCAGCUUCCAGGCCUUCAGGGAUAACCGGCUGCCCGUUUCUGUCAAGGUCAGAGACAGCAACAAGGAUGCCACGGGGUUUUUAUCCUUCCUGCGAAAGUGCACCAAGUAUGAGGAUGCUCAGCAUGUGCUAUGCAACCUCAACAUAGCAAUGCCACCCUGCAUCAAGGUUGUCGGAAGUGAAGAACGCAGGAGAACUUUAACACCUCUCGCCCUGAGGGAGCGCUACAGUGCUCUGAAUGAGCCCAGUUUGGCCACAGUGAAUGCAAUGGAGAGGACUGAGGUCAAGAUCAACAUCAUAUCAGAGCAACUGGGUUUAAGUUGGGCAGAGUUGGCGCGAGAGCUUCAGUUUGGCGUCGAUGACAUCAACAGGAUCCGCGUGGAGAACCCCAACUCUCUGCUGGACCAGAGCCUCGCCUUGCUCAACCUCUGGGUUGCUAGAGAGGGCAAGAGGGCAAAGAUGGAGAGUCUGUACACUGCGUUGAAGAACAUUGACCGUGCAGACAUCGUGAGCUCCCUGGAGGCUCAGGCCACACAACUGGCACCCGGCUCUUCAGAGGAGGGCGCUUGCCGACUGGGCGAUCGAGACUCCACAUUGCUCUCGCCCAGUACCAUCAAUGAGGUUACGGACACAAGGCCGUCGCGCCUGGUGCACAAGCCACGAGUUAUUAGACCCCCGUUUUUCAGGAGGGGUUAUGGGCUGGUUCAGGAGGAGCUGCUGUCUCCGGCCUCCAUGCAAUACAGUUUGCCUUCUCCUCUUGGUGCAGAGCCCUACUGGCAGGAAGUGUCCAGUCUGGAGUGCGCCCCCAUCGCCGCCACAGAAGAAGACACUUUGAUGGAGAUGUCGGACGUCCAUGUGUGGCCAACGGGGGUCAGCCCCUCGCUGGUUACGGUGGAAGACUCUUCUUUGGAUGGCAGCAGCCGAGCGGACGACUCGGAAGGCGCCACGCUCUCCCUUCCGUGCAGUUUGGGCCGCCCGAGCAGCGGAGCGAGCGGGGCGAGCGGCUCCCUCAUGGAGCUGGAGGAGGAAGAGGAGGAGGAGGAGGAGGAAGGGGAGGUUGAGGAGGAGGAGGCGCCACUGGAGCCAGUGGGCGCGCUGGCGGAAAGGGACCGGGUCAGAGCCAGUGGCGCCGUUCCCAAGGUCAACUUGAAUGGCCAGCUGGGAGGUCAGAGGUCGGACGGGAGGAGAGGGGAAGCUCCCGCGGGGGGAGGGGGAGCCAAAAGAGGAGGGGCAGGGCUUGGUUCAGUGGAAGGCAUUUGUGUUGUUACAGGCCAGCAGAUGUACGCCCACCCUGAGGUGUCUCCGUUGAGUCGAGUGGGCGAGCACAAUGGAGACAACCGGUUGGUUGGGGGCGGAGCUUUUCAACCUUACCUACCUGACAAGGAUUCCUUGCAGGGCUGGGUGGGCUCAGUAUCAACGGGACGGAACAAGAGUGCGCCAGGCCUGCACGCCGCCCAGGAGGCUCUGCUGACUCCGAGAGAGGAGAAAGACGACUAUGCUGCUGACGAACGCGGGAGCACUCUCAAUCGAAAGGUGGGGGCGGAUGUGAGAAGGGCCGCUCAGUCGGUGCAGCGCACCAGUCUUCGGAGGGUUAAACACUGAAACACAACACACACAACCUGGUCCACGAGGACAAGAGAGCCACUGCCAAAGCUUCCUCUACAAAACCACAUCCGGAACGCAAAGGAAAGUGAGCGACGGGACAGAGUCUACCAAAAU